CCUCAUGCACUCCCAUUGAUCCUCACAAACGCGUAAGAAUCAUACUCCCCCACAAUAAAUAUUUCCUCUUUUCUUUUUUGGACAGCAAAAUGCUACAUGAUAAUGCAGGUACACGCAAAAGGGGGCAUGAGCAUCUUCAACACGGGGAAGCAAGCUCUUUUCACAAAUGUUGUGUCUAGCUCAGGUACACGCUGUCAAGUCGUUCUUUCUUAUAUUUAUCUAUUUAUUUAUUUGUUUAGAAAGAAAAAAAAAAAUAGAAUGCGAGUAGACGUGUACAUGCCUCAUGUUAAGAGUUUUUUUCCCUUUGGCUAUAUUUGGAAAUCAAGAGAAGCAAAACAAAGAAACUUGAAAAAAAAAAAAAAAAUUUUUUUUUGACAGAAAGAUAGACACAAAAAAAUCAUUAUGUUAUUACGACUCUUGCCUUAUUAUAUCUUUUAUACUACUUUCUUUUCUUUUUCUGGGCUUCCAAACAUAGCCUUUUGUCAUGAAUAAUGGAACCCACUAAUGAGGAAAAAGAAGCAAAAUUUUUCACAGAAUUAAGUGAAUAUGUUAUUCGAAAUUGUAGAAGUAAAAGAUAUCUUUGUUUAAAAGACUUUCAGGACAUAUUCACAGGUAGCAUAGCCAUAUAAGCUUUAACUUGAGAAGAUAACGGAAAACCUGUCAUGUUAAAGUGAGUUGUUAUUGUUAACCCUUUCCUCUAAAGUUUGUUGAACAUUGUAGUCUUUAUUAGGGGACCCUUUCCUAUUCAUGUCCCUAAAAAAUCCCUAUAUAAAGGCUUCUCCACCUUCCCUAUUGCAUCAAGUCUCCUCCUCCUUUCCCUUGUUCAGCUCUUCUUCUUCUCCCCCUUCAUUUUUAUUACUUUUGGAGUUGUUUAAAGCAGAUGGCUCAGGGAAGAGGAAGUGCAGCUAGAAUUGUGAUUGUUGGGAUCACAUUGCUUGCCAUGUUGCUUCACUGCGAGGUCGUCCAUGCAGCUAUCUACACAGUUGGGGAUACAGGUGGAUGGGACGAAAAUGUUGAAAGCUGGCCCAAGGGGAAGGUCCUCAAGGCCGGUGAUACUCUUGUUUUCAAGUACGACGCAGGCAUCCACGACGUGGUUGUCGUCGACAGUAAUGGUUACAAAAAUUGCGACAAACCAACCGGGGCUAAAAAGUAUGCAUCAGGGAAUGAUCAGAUCACACUGGCUAAGGGGAUGAACUACUUCAUCUGCGAUUCUCCCUCCCACUGUGAAUCAGGGAUGAAAAUUGCUGUUAACGCAUUGUAAUCCAAGAUGAAGAUGAGUACGUGUCUCUUAUAAUAUAGCUAAAUGAGUAGCACUACUGUAAUAGAGUCAAGUACUUCAUGUGGACUUGAGAAUAAACCAAGUAGGCCCUCUUGGCUGGCCUUCAGUGAGUCUUGUCUGGUCCCUUGUGAGUCCUUUGUCUGGCCUUUUGUGGGUCUUUAUGUAACCCUUCUGGCUGAGUAGUCCUUGAACUGAAAGGGAAAAAAACACCACUUGAAACAGAGAAUGCUGUUAAAUAAAGCUUAUACGUUGUACAUGGA